AUGAUUGACAAUGGCCCUACAUUGGUUGUGAAGAGGAUCAAAGAGAGGGCGAUCUCGAGCGAAGAGUUCAAAAGGAGGAUGCUGAAGAUGGACCAGGGGAAGCAUCCGAAUGUACUAUCGGUAGUGGCAUUUUAUUGCUCAAAGCAAGAGAAGCUAGUGAUAUAUGAGCAUCAAUCCAAUGGCAGCCUCUUCAAACUCCUCCAUGGGUCUAAAGAUGAUGAUAGCUUUGACUGGGGAAGCAGACUGAACAUAGCAUCCAGAAUAGCUGAGGCUUUGGCCUUCAUGCACAAGGAACUUCGUGAAGAUGGGAUUGCUCAUGGCAACCUCAAAUCCACGUACAUUUUGUUCAACAAGAACAUGGAUCCGUGCAUUAGCGAGUACGGAAUAAUGGCCUCUGAGAACCAAGUACAGCCGGAACUUUCCCGAAGCAUAAGUUUUGCAAAGAUCACACCAGCCGAAGACCAUGAAAGUGAUCAUAUUCUCUUCAAGGGUGACGUUGACAUAUACAGCCUCAGUGCGAUUCUUCUGGAGCUACUGACAGGUAAAAUGGUCCAAGAUGGCAGAUUCGACUUGGCAACAUGGGUGCACUCGGUGGUUAGGGAGGAAUGGACUGCAGAGGUGUUUGACCGCGCCCUGAUUGCAGAGGGCGUCAACAAGGAAAGGAUGGUGAACUUGUUGCAAGUAGCACUACAGUGCGUUGCGUCCUCUCCAACCAAAAGGCCGAGCACAAAGGAGGUUUCGGCUAAGAUAAAUGCAAUCAAGGAAGAGGACGAGAGAUCAAUCACCUUGGAGACGAGAGAUCCAUCGCCUUGGAGUCAAGAUCAUUUAAGUUAA